AUGGGGAUCAUCCGGAAGCUGCUGAUCUUCGCUUCUUCUAAUGGUCUGAUCGUGCAAGCCCAUGGCCCCGUCGAGCACCACAAAGCCGUUCAAAUCGACUACAAAUCCAAACACGUCUCGCUGUGUCCUCAUGAUGAAGCUGCCGAUAACAGAAAGGGUGUGCACUUGGAAGCCCAUGGGUUGAUAGGAUUGCUCUCUAUUGCGUCCUCGCAUUUUCUGAUCGCCAUUACUGGGCGGGAACAGGUCGCUCAAAUAUUUGGCAAGCCCAUCUACGUCGUCACCGAUGUCGAGUUCUUGCCGCUCUCCUCCCGGGAUGCUGCGGUAAAGGCCCUCGCUACGGCAUCGGCGGCGUCUCGCAAGGACCACGAGCCAAGUUCGGAUUCAGAGCUGAGCGAUGCCGAAUCAGAAUCAUCAAAGCACGCCGCCGUGCCAGACGAAGUUUCUGGGCCGCACACGGACGACGAGCAGGAUCUGCCACGCUCGAGAUCAAGCACCAGUAUUGCUCAAGAUGUACUCACCAAGAAAGGAAACUUUGGUCGCUUCGCUUCUCAAUGGUUCUCUCGGCAGGGUUGGGCCACUGGCACUCAAAAGGCCCCAACUUCGACGGAUGCGAAGGCCCAGAAGGUUGCUGAGGGCGAUGCGACAGAAGCAGCGAAGCCUGAGCAAAAGCCAGACAAGGUCGACGGCCCUGCUCCCGAACCUCAGCAGCCUUCCAAGACCAGUCGAGAAGAGGUCGCGGCUAUGAUUCCGAAAAUUUUACGGUCCGCUAAGUUGAUUCUGACUUCGAGAAGCUGCUUCUUUAGCUAUGACUUCGAUCUGACCCGCAGAAUGGGGCUGUUACAAGGUAAGGCCGUUCCUCCUGCCAAAGGCAGCUUGGACCCGUUGUACUUCUGGAACCAGCGCCUGGCGUCACCCAUCUCGGAAGCUGGACAGGAUUCGUUCGUUCUUCCCAUCAUUCAGGGCUUCGUCGGACAGAGAUCCUUUGCCGUCAAGAAGACCGACUCAACAGAUCCGGAUUCAGCAUGUGUAGUUCCCACGGAAGGCGACCCAUCGCAGACAGAGGGAAUUAGCCAUGCAAUCGCGCACGCAAAGGAAGCCGUCGCGGAGAAGCCGGACGAGAUGCAGGCAUUCCUUCUGACGGUCAUUUCCCGCCGGUCGGUUAAACGUGCUGGUCUUCGUUACCUCCGUCGCGGUAUUGACGAUGAAGGCAACUGUGCAAACUGCGUCGAAACCGAACAGAUUCUGUCCACUCCAGAGUGGGACGACACGCGUCCAAUUCGUUCCUUUACCCAGGUCCGAGCCUCAAUACCGCUGUAUUUCUCUCAGUCGCCAUACUCGUUCAAGCCCCUUCCGGUGCUGCUACAAUCGGAAGCUGCGAACAAGGCAGCGAUGAAGAAGCAUUUCGACGGCCUCAAGAGCCGUUAUGGCGACGUGCAGAUAGCAGUGCUGAUCAACAAGCAUGGCUCCGAGGCCGCGAUCGGCGAAGCCUACGAUAAGAAUCUUAAGAGCCUGGUAGAUGCAAAUGAAAUCCAGGGCGUAGACUGGGAAUGGUUCGACUUCCACUCCGAGUGUCGCGGAAUGCGCUUCGACAAGGUGCAGAAACUUGUGGAAAUGCUUGGUCACAAUAUUGAGAAGUUUGGGGAGACGGUCAUUGAAAGAGGUGAGGUCAAGUCGCAGCAAAAGGGCAUCAUUCGCACCAACUGCAUGGACUGCCUGGAUCGAACUAAUGUUGCUGAGAGUGCCUUCGGCCAGCACAUGCUACAGAAAGCACUGGCUGAGGCAGGCUUUGGCAUUGAUCUGGUCAACGACGAGACUACGACUUGGUUCAACACUCUUUGGGCGGACAAUGGCGACGCCAUUUCGCGUCAAUAUGCAGGGACCGCUGCUCUCAAGGGCGAUUUUACCAGGACACGAAAGCGCAACUACCAAGGAGCAUUGAACGACUUCAGCCUCACCUUAUCGAGAUACUACAACAACAUGGUGAAUGACUACUUCUCCCAGGCAGUCAUCGAUGUUCUGUUGGGAGAAUUGUCAUGGACCGCAUUCGAGGAUUUCGAGAGUAGUCUCAUGAGCCAGGAUCCAGGCAUAUCCAUCAACCGCAUUCGCGAGAAUGCCAUUGAGACAUGUCGACGACUCGUGGUACAGGAUGAAACCGAAGAUCUGAUUCAUGGCUGGACGAUGCUCGCUCCUGCGGUCGAGAAUACUCUGCGCACUCUUCCGUUCCAAGAGGCCGUGGUGCUCCUGACCGACGCGGCCAUCUACUGUUGCAAAUUCGACUGGACAACCGAGAAAGUAGCAUCAUUCGAAAAGGUCGACCUUAGAUCGGUGACCAAGGUGCGGUACGGGGCGUACAUCACGUCGACCUUCACAGAGCGUCAACGCGACGAGACGAUGAAUGUCGGCCUGGUCAUCGCCUACAAGCCCGGCAAAGGCAGCGUGAUCCGCACCAACACCCGUUCACUUCAGAACUCGGUCGAACCGGCCAAGGCGAAGCCGGAAGAGCGGAUAGACGGCGGAACGGGGGUGCUCUCGUGGCUGGCGCCCAAGCACGCGGACCCAACACAGGCGCUAGCCGUCAAGAUCAUACCCGUGACGCCAGAUCGGAAGCGCAGUGUCACAAGCCAGACUUCGACACCGGCGCUGGAAACUGCGGAGCACAUCGUUGAUGAAAUCAGACGGGCGAUUGCCGGGGAGAGUAGAGAGGAGCAAGACAAAGUAGAAGUCGAGCAAGGGGAUAUCAUCAGCUUGGCCGAGGCGAAGCAGCGGACAGGGUAUCUGGAGCAGAUCGGGUACUCAUUGAAGCGCUUGGUCUGGGCUUAG